AUGGCAAAAGAUGAUUGCAGUGGUGCUUCUAAAACAUGUGAGAGUGAAAAUGGCUAUUCUCAAGCUGGAUCCCGUGGCGAGAAGAAGCUUAAGCUGUUCAGUUUCGAGCUUAGCCCGAGGAAGAACGAUCGUGUCAAUGGUGGCUGCGAAAGCGUGAAUUCGAGUACGGAUGAGAAGAAAUUUGAGUGCCAAUACUGCUUUAAGGAAUUCUCAAACUCACAGGCGCUGGGAGGGCAUCAGAAUGCUCACAAGAAAGAGAGGAUGAAGAAGAAAAGAUUGCAAGUUGAGGCCAUGAGAGCAGCCAGCAUCUACUCUUAUCUUCACCCUUUACAAAACAGCUUUGGUUUUAGCUACCAAAACUCUUCUAAAUCACAAAUUAGUUUCGAGAAAUACCAGCAGGAUGCAUCUAACCAAAUCAUCCAUUUCCAGCAACAUUCACCGGGGUUCACCAUAACACCAGCUGACAAUCCAUCAAAGCAAAGGUGUAAAUACUUGGAUCUUCAUUUGGAUCUCAGCUUGUAA